GAUCAUUAAUGGCCCACUUUCAGGUAUCAUUCGCUGUGCCGCCGGGAGAUAAAAAGAGCAGUCGUGCAUCGUCCACCAGUGAAUCAUGUGCAAGCUUUGAGUCAAGUUUAAUGGACGCGUUUAAGGAGGGAACGCAGAAAGUCAACAACAAGGAUGUGGUUUCUUUCUUAGACGAAGACGAAACAGAAAGACCUUUCCUUUCCCAAAAAGCGCGCGAAAAAUGGUGCCGCGCCGCGUUCACAAUCUCCAUCCUAGCAAUUGUGAUCUCUCUUCUUUUUAGUCUGUCGUCGUUUUUUGUGUCAGGGCAAACAGAAAGUUCGUCCGUCUUUGCAAGUGCAUUUGAUUCGCUGUUAGGGACGAUGAGUUCCGUGGCUGUGGCUUGGCGAUUUCGUGACUCAAAAAACGGAGAGAUUGGACAUAAACGAGAGUCAAUUGCAACUCUAGGAAUCGCCCUCAGUUUUAUCACGACCGGUAUUGCUACGGUCGCGACAUCAGUGAUCCAUCUCACCGAUAGCAUCCAUCCGAGAAAACCAGACGAGAUGUUGAUAGUUCUAACCUGUAGUUUGGUAGUAUUCUUCGUACUUGCAUGGGUACAAAACUGCAUCGCGAAGAAAGUGAACAGUGACUCACUGCGCGCGGCCGCAGUGGACUAUGCCAUGGCUUCGGCGAUGGCUUUUGGUAUCUUAAUCUCGACUUACGUGUACCGUGAAAACAAGCCUCGGCUCUGGUGGCUGGACCAUUCCGUGGCUCUAUCGUUGGGCGCCGUGUCAGCCGCCUAUGGUAUAUAUUUGGUUGUGCAAGCAGAAUGGUGCAAUAGUACGAUCCUUGAAGAAAAAUCACCGCUCAAACAUUAACCAUUACAAUCUAUGAUUCGGCGUUUGUAGUUUAAGGUAGUUAGAGUGCUUGUAUGAUGAAACACCGGUAAGUCGAACUCGGAUAACUCUGACUUCUCGUUAUUCGAACUGUAUUACGUCUCUUAUAUAAAAUACAAGAUCAAUGCCUCAGAAA